CAUUACGUCUCUAACAGCAUUGGGUUUGACGUAAAGCCAGCGUGUGACGGGAAACGUCCUUAAACGAACGAACAGACUAUACAUUUACAGUACAACAGCGACAAAUUCUAUAGCAAUAACGUCCAAGCAACUAUAGAACACAUCGGAAUUUAGCGCCAAUUAAACGCCUACAAAUAAUAUUUAUAUUUAAAUAUAUCAGCUAUUAAGAUUUAUUUUAUCGGUGAAACACUGAGAUAGAAAGAAAGAGUGAGCAAUGAUAGAAACAUAAAAUCAUUUUCUAUAAAACUUUGAAUUGUGUAAGUAGAGGACACUUAAGUAAGGAACACUGUGCCGACUGGGCAGGAGUAUACAAUACGACACGACGAGGAGAGAAUGUCUAUGGGUGAAAGAGUGAUGGAAUUGGUGCAGCGAAUGAUAAUGGUGUUGACUGUUUUGGUUUUAUUUAGUUACGCGGAAGGAGAUGAUAGUCGGCCAGUGAGAAGGCGCGUAGACUGCAGACGCUAUCUAUUUGCUCCUGCAUGUCGAGGCAUCACUGCCAAGAGAUUCGAUCCAAAACACUUCCACAUAAAGUUUGAAAACAGCUAUAAAAGAAUAAGUGGGAGUGAAGAGGAGGAUAUCAAUGGCGUCGGAUACCUAACAAACGAUGAACCACGACAACAGAACGAAUACGAGGAUGUUCCUGAGGGCGACACUGAAACACAGCUCGGGGGAGAGGGGGAAUCUCAAUCUCCAUAUGCCAAGAUAACUGCUACACAAGCAAGAAAUACACUGAAACGAUUCAUUCAAUUGGUGGCAUAUGCUAAUAGAAUUUUACACUGAACAAUAAGAAAUACAAACGUCACGAAUGAAUCCGAGUGACUUUGAUAUGUAAAUCGGUAAUUUCGAUUUUAUUAACUUAAUAAUGGAUCAUAUACAGGACUAUUUCCCAAAAAUUGCCCUUCCUAUUUCUUCCGAUAUCAAAAUUAAUUAAGUGCAUAGAAAUAUAUAUAUGAUAAGAAAUAGCCUUUAAUACAUAGAAUAAAAGCUAAAAUCUACGUUUUACCAACCAAAACCAGUUACCUUAUAAGAUUUAUGUCUACGGAGUUAAGAGAUCUAAUCGGUUAUUGUAUCUAACCAUUAUGCCAAAAUAAAUGUGGGUCACAGUAAAAGUAGUAUG